AUGAUUGAUGAUGAUGAUGAUGAUGAUGAUGAUGAUGAUGAUGAUGAUGAUGAUGAUGAUGAUGAUGAUGAUGAUGAUGAUGAUGAUGAUGAUGAUGAUGAUGAUGAUGAUGAUGAUGAUGAUGAUGAUGAUGAUGAUGAUGAUGAUGAUGAUGAUGAUGAUGAUGAUGAUGAUGAUGAUGAUGAUGAUGAUGAUGAUGAUGAUGAUGAUGAUGAUAUGAUGAUGAUGAUGAUGAUGAUGAUGAUGAUGAUGAUGAUGAUGAUGAUGAUGAUGAUGAUGAUGAUGAUGAUGAUGAUGAUGAUGAUGAUGAUGAUGAUGAUGAUGAUGAUGAUGAUGAUGAUGAUGAUGAUGAUGAUGAUGAUGAUGAUGAUGAUGAUGAUGAUGAUGAUGAUGAUGAUGAUGAUGAUGUAUGAUGAUGAUGAUGAUGAUGAUGAUGAUGAUGAUGAUGAUGAUGAUGAUGAUGAUGAUGAUGAUGAUGAUGAUGAUGAUGAUGAUGAUGAUGAUGAUGAUGAUGAUGAUGAUGAUGAUGAUGAUGAUGAUGAUGAUGAUGAUGAUGAUGAUGAUGAUGAUGAUGAUGAUGAUGAUGAUGAUGAUGAUGAUGAUGAUGAUGAUGAUGAUGAUGAUGAUGAUGAUGAUGAUGAUGAUGAUGAUGAUGAUGAUGAUGAUGAUGAUGAUGAUGAUGAUGAUGAUGAUGAUGAUGAUGAUGAUGAUGAUGAUGAUGAUGAUGAUGAUGAUGAUGAUGAUGAUGAUGAUGAUGAUGAUGAUGAUGAUGAUGAUGAUGAUGAUGAUGAUGAUGAUGAUGAUGAUGAUGAUGAUGAUGAUGAUGAUGAUGAUGAUGAUGAUGGAUGA